AUAUCGAUUACAAUUGAUAACUGAAGUCCACGUUUUCCAAGCUUAUCUUCAAUUGUUUGUAUGUGAAACGGACGCAAUGCAUUAGCAAAUAAUCCAAGAAAUUAAAAUUAUCGUCAACAUGUUAGGAAUGAGAUGUUUUAAAUAUAUUUUAUUAAUACAAUUUUUUAUAAAUGUGUGUUCUAGUGAAAAUAAUGUUCAGGUGAAGUUAGAACAAGGUGUUUUGUUAGGAAAAACGAAUGUUACGCUUUUUAAGGAACAAAGUUAUUAUGUGUUUGAAGGAAUACCGUACGCAGAACCGCCUGUUGGCAAACUUAGAUUCCAGCCACCAGUACCGCAUAAAGGCUGGGAGGGUAUUUAUGAAGCACUUGAGAAUAAACCGACAUGUCUCCAACUGAACGCAAGAAUGCGCAACGGGGAAGAAUUCGGAAUAUCCGGAUCAGAAGAUUGUCUUUACAUCAAUGUAUUCACACCUAAUUUACAAGCAUCCGCUCCUGUUAUAGUAUUCGAUUACAAUGAUAACUUUAGAACAGGUUUCAACGGAUCGAAAACUUAUUCACCGCAAUUCUUUGUCGAAGAAGGAGUUAUUGUAGUCACCCUUAAUCAUCGACUAGGUGUUUUAGGAUACUUAACAACUGAAAAUGAUGUUAUUCCUGGUAAUAAUGGCUUAAGAGAUUUUAUUCUCGGUCUCCAGUGGGUACAAAAAAAUAUAAAAGAGUUUGGUGGUGACCCUAAUCGAGUUACUAUAAUGGGAAAUCGCGGUGGAGCUACGAUUGCAGAAAUUAUGUUGUACUCAGAAAAAGCCAAGGGUCUUUUUUCAGCUGUCAUUAUGCAAAGCGGAUCCGCCUUCGAAUCUUUGUAUUUUUAUAAGAAUCCACAAGAGAAAGCAUUCGCACUAGGUAAAAUAUUUGAGGUAGAAACAGACGAUAGUAAAGUACUUCUUGAAGCAUUACAAAACGCUAGCGCAGAAGAACUGCUCAUAAAAGAAAUAGAAGUUCUAGAUAAUAUCGACGAAGACUUUAAACAGCAUAGCACUUUCCCUUUUACUCCCACGGUAGAACCCGACAGUCCCAACGCAGUACUCAAGUUUAUCCCAGAAGAAGGAAAAAUUGUGAAUGAUGUACCCAUUAUAUUCGGGUUUAACUCAAGAGAAGGAUUGGAUUUAGCAUCGCAUUUCCUUUUUGUACCAAGAUUGAUGACGCAUGACGUAGAACUAGGCAUUUUACAUGUACCAAUACGAGUUGAUUUUGCAUUUCAUACUAAAGACCCGGCAUACAAAGAAGCAUCAAGAGAGAUAAUUGAUUUCUAUUUUGAACACAAAUCUAUUCACGACGGUAACAUUUUGGAGUACGCGGCGUACGCUGGCGACGCUAUACACAUGUAUGCGUACCAUAAAGCUAUUAAGAAAUUGAUGAAUGAAGUAAAAUCCUCUAUAUAUUACUAUAUGUUCGAUUUUUGUGGGCAAUUUAGCGAGAACUCUUAUUACUUGAGGCGACGGUCUAUGAUUCCCAUAGAUCCUACAGGAGCAUCGAUAACAGACGAGCUUUGUUACUUACAUUUAUGUACUCGUAUGGAGAAGUAUUACAAAGACAUUAAGAACCUGCCAUCCGAUCCAAAGGAAAUAAAGAUUCUGCGCAGAAUGGUACGAAUGUGGGCCAACUUUGCUAAAACUCGGAACCCCACGCCUGACAAAGACGAUGGUGUUCUUAACGGCUUCACGUGGGAACCAUUGGACAAGUCUGAAGAUUUAAAAUAUCUACAUGUCUCGAAGAAUCUCCGCAUGAAAACCAACCCGAUAGGAGACAGGGUCGCUUUCUGGGAUCAAUUCUUAGAAAAAUAUUCACAAAUGGUUGUGGACGGUGUUGUGAGGAAACCAGAAAUUGUGAAAGAUGAAUUGUAGGAGUAAUAUGUUUUAAUACAUUUUUUAUUUCGUAUC